AUGCGGCUGCUUGAUACGCAAACGAAAAGAUUGGAGCCCAAUGAGUUCCACGGGUCACGCCUACCGCAGUACGCGAUUCUGUCCCAUACGUGGGAGCACGAUGAGGUGACAUUUGAGGACAUGCAAGACCCUCGGGUUGCACGGCAGAAGGAAGGGUGGUCAAAGAUCAGCGAGAUGUGUGCAUGUGCGCGCCGGAAUCGCUGGAGAUACGCCUGGGUCGAUACAUGCUGCAUUGAUAAGAAAAACAGCACCGAGUUGGCUGAGGCUAUUGGCUCAAUGUAUAAAUAUUAUCAACAUGCGAAGCAGUGUUACGUAUACCUCUCAGAUCUCCCAAUGGGUGCCAGCAUCUUGGAGGAACUGCCUCAUUGCAAAUGGUUCUCGAGAGGCUGGACUUUACAAGAGCUCAUCGCGCCAAAAGACGUGAUCUUCUUUAACGAAGCCUGGGAUUGCAUCGGGACCAAGCAAGAUCUUCUGGAUACGAUCUCAACCAUCACUAGGAUCCCGGCCCCUCUUCUACUACACGAGACAUCCGUUGCCGACUAUUCUGUUGCUCAAAGAAUGUCUUGGGCUGCAACCAGGCGUACCACUCGCAUCGAAGAUACUGCAUAUUGCCUUUUGGGCCUGUUUGAGGUUAGCAUGUAUCUAAAUUACGGAGAAGAGGAAAAGGCCUUCACCAGACUGCAGGAAGCGAUCAUUAAAAGUUCAAUGGACUUGUCACUUCUAGUCUGGAAUACCUCAUCUAAGGAACAAGCCAAAGGUGUUUUGAGCAUCCUUGCACUUUCCCCAUCCCGGUUCUUGUAUUGUUCUGACGUCAAAGCCUUACCCCAGACGUCGGAGGUUUCCUGGGCAGUCACGGCCAGAGGACUUGAACUCCAGGGAAACCUAUUGAUGCUUCGCCCUUCUGAACCGGCGCGAGGGCCUUCCUUUGGGUUACUUGCCGCGUGCUACGAUGCCGAGUUGCAAUAUUUCGUCCACCUGGAAAUGAUAGGCCCCAACCUCUAUGCCCGUAAUGGCAGAUACGAGCCCGAGCCCCUGGACGUGGACAUUGCCCAGCUGACGAUGAAAUCCAAGCCUUCUGUUCCCUCGGUAAUUGCAAUCCGCUCAUCUCAGUUGCAGAAUUUGUCAUCGUACUACCUUCAAAUUAGAACGUCGCGCGAAAUCCACAUAAAUACGGCUGCCCCAAAUAGGUUUUACAACAACACGGAGCAAGCAUUCUACUUCGGAGUGUCCAGUAGCUGCAUUAUCGCCCUUGAGGUGAUCAUUCGGGGUAAAAUAUUCAACUUCAUGCUUGUCGUGGAAACCCAACAGUUGAAACUUCACUUCUCCCAACAUGAAGAGAGUGACAUGCGGAAGUUCUUUGCAGAAUCCAUUGAGCACGAUGAUCUUGAGACUUGGAAGUAUCAAGCGACGCAUCUUGAUCUUUACACCGGUGAGAGGGAGCCUAUAAUGUCUUAUCUCGAGAACUCUCUCCGGAAGCCGGUCUCGCAGUCGGUCCAGAAGUCGGUCCGGAAACAGGUCCAGGAGUAG